AUGGAUUUCAGUCAGGACAUAGCACGAAGAACUGAAACCAGUUUAACCAGUUAUAGUGGCGAUCAGACUGUCAAUGAAGGUUCAAAUCUAACUUUGUUUUGUGACGCAACUGGUAAACCAACUCCAAACGUUACUUGGACCAGAGUAUUAAAGAAUGGUACAGAUGGUGAUGUAGUGUUCCUUGGGAACCCGUGGAUUAUUGUAAACAUAAGCAGAACUGCUACUGAAACAUACCGCUGUACAGCUUACAAUGGAAUUAGAAAUCCAGUCAACCAGUCACUUCAUAUCAAUGUUAACUAUAAACCAGACACAGUUACCUUGGUAACUAACACAACUGAGAACAAAGACUGUUCUGAUUUGUGGGUGAAUUUCACGUGCAUCUCAUCUGAAGCAAAUCCACCAGUUCAUAAUUAUCUGCUUUCUGAUGAUGAAGAUGGAUUCAAUUUUAGCAAGAGUGGAACAUGGAUAAAGAAGAUAUCAAGAGGAGGAAAGUCUAUUUUCAACUGCAUAGCAUAUCAACUUGUGGAGAAUGUAACAAGCACAAACAAUAUUACCCUGACUGUAAAUGUUCCAGUAGCUAUGAUUCAAUUACAGAAUAAAAUUGUCAGGGAAGGCGGCAAUGUGGAACUGUACUGUGAUGCAACUGGAAGUCCUGAUCCAACUGUUAUCUGGACAAAAGUGCAGGGUGGUGGCUAUAACCCCACCGGGGGAAAAUUACUGAACAUCACCAACAUCACCAGAACUCAAGCUGGAGAAUACAGGUGCACUGCAAACAACACUUGUGGAGUGUAUUUUAUAGUGUUUUUCAUUGAUGUUCUGUGUAAGAAUAUUAUCUUUUCAAUAUCUAUAAAAGCACUUGUAGUCUUAAGAUAA